UCAGUCCGCAGCCAACAGCGCUACUGAACGGGUGGUGGUGUGUCGUCGUCGAGCGCUUGCUUCUCUCUAUCGGGAUUGUGUUUCCCAAAAGUUAUGAUUCCUUCUAUAUCUACGUAACUGUAGAUAUUUGACGAAGGUCCGAAUAAUGCGAGUGAAUAUAGUGAGAAAAAAUAUGAACAGAUAAGAGGAAGAAAAAAUGAAAUAAAGAAGUCCAUACGAUACAAAAAGAAAGAAAGAAGAGAAUUUUGAAUCGAACUUUGAACUUGAAAUUUGAAUUUAAAAAAAAGUAAAUUAUUCCUCAAGAUGCCAGCCAGGUUUUAUGAAGACGACAUUGGUGUGAUGGCAACGCUGAGCGCACAGUAUCAUACGUCUGGCAGCAACAGCAUGGCGGGCAAUACAGGCACAUCUCGGCUGGCGAUGAUGCAGGCGCGGCUACGGGAGCAGCUGAUGGUGGAGAAGGAGUCGCGCCUGCUGGAGAUGGCGGCGCAGCAGGAGGCGCGGCGCCAGGGCACCAUCCAGCGGGUCACCAAGUCGUCGGCGUCGUCGCUGUCGUCGUCGCUGUCGUCGCUGAGCUCGUCGGGCGGGCAGGGCCGCGUCAGGAAGCUGUUCGAGGAGCGGCGCAACAACGGCUUCAACCACAGCCCCGUCGGCUGGGACAAGAGCUACCCGCUGGAGCCCGUGCGCGGCGGGGGCCACGCCGGCGGCGGGGGCGGCCGCCCGCCCGUCAAGCCCGCCAAGGGCGUCGUCAGAAACAACCGCGGCGUCAGCGUGGACCGCGCCAAGGCCGCCUACGACCCGGCGGCCAUGCGGAGGUCCCGCAGCCACGCCGCCCUCCAGCGCAACAACAACAUGAACAACAUGAACAACAACAACAGCAACUACAACACGUACGGCGACCCGCGGUCCCCCCAGCGCACCCUGCGGCCGCCCCAGGCGCGCCAGCCCGCGCACCACAAGUCCACCUCCUCGCUCCUGGACGCCAACCAGAACUACAACGGGCGCGGCAGCAGCGGCAGCAGCGGCGGCUACAGCCGCGGGCCCUCGCGGGACGCGUCGCCGUCGCCGUCAAACGCCAACCGCUUCGGCUUCCGGUCGCGCGGCCCGUCGCCCGCGCCGCCCCAGGCGCCGCGCCGCUCGCAGACCUUCAACGCCCACCGGCCGCCGCAGGACGAGGUGGACAGCAGAGGCUCCCCCGAGCAGCCGCGGCAGCCCCCGCGGCGCCCCGCCCAGCCCCCGCGACAGGCGCCAGCCCGACAGCCGCUCCGACAGCCCCGGCAGCCCGCCCGACAGCCCUCGCCCGAGCCCGAGCAGGACGAGGAGGAGAAGCUGUUCACGCCCAGCCCUCGCGUCCACAGGAGUAAGAGUCGAGGGCCACCCAUCACACACGUUGCCAGCUACGAUGGAGAAGACAGGCUGCCAAAACCUGUGGAAAAGAGUAAACCUAAGCCAAAACUGCCACCGAAGCCUAAGUGGCAGAGUGAUUAUUCAGAUGAGGGACAGGCUGCGUCACAGGCAACAACGCCGAGAAGUAAGGUAACUGCCUCUGUUCCGCCUGGUUUGGCUGGCUGCAAGAUCUGUGGUCGGAACUUUGCUCCAGAUAGGUUGGAGAAACACGAGUCCAUAUGCUCCAAAACCCAAGCCAAGGCAAAGAAGAGGAAGAAUAAGGUAUUUGAUCCUGUUAAGAUGAGGACAAAAGGAACCGAAGCAGAGAAGUAUGUGAAACGAGGAGCUCACCUUAAAGAACUGCAGCAGCCCAAGAAAGCAGAUUGGCGUAAGAAACACGAAGACUUCAUUGCCACAGUAAGAGCAGCAAAAGGUAUAAAGGGAUAUGAAGCGCCACCAAUGGACACGUCAGACUAUGUACAAUGCCCUCACUGCGGAAGAAAGUUUUCCGAGGGAGUGGCAGAUAGACACAUCCCCAAAUGUGCAUCUAUUCAGAGUAAUAAGCCUGCUGGAGGUCGGAGGAGGUAGACUUAAGCUUGUGGUUUGGUGCGGCAUUUUAAAACAUUUACUCAUUUUUUUACCGUUUACUUUCUGAAUAUGAUUCAAGUAAUAUGUGGCAUACAAAAGGUAAUAAUUAUCAUGCCUUCAUCUGAUGCUGUUGAUCCUAUAUUGCAGUAGGAAUUAAAUUUGAUAUUCAUUUCCCAAACACAUGUACAGCUGUAGGAUAAUCAGAAGGAAGGAAAGAGAUGAAUGUGAUGAGUUAUAGGAUUCAGAAUUGACCUACUUACUAAAUUCAUAUAGUUAUUCAUGCAGUUGUGUGAUGUAUCUCAUAGGUAGAGGUUUGAUGUGAUUAUACAUAUAAUGGAGGGUCAGUUUGAUCAAAAGUAUAAGUGCGCAAAACAGCACAAAAUUGGAGAAGAAAAGUUUCAUUGUAUAAGUGCUAUAUAUACCUUGCUUUUAACUGCUGUAUUUUGAAGUAACUGCAUCUUUAACCUGGUUAAUAUGUAGAGCAAAGCUUUUCCCUGUGACAGGCAUUUAUAUAAUUCCGAGACCUAUAAUGUCAACAUUAUUAAACUAUAUGAAUGUGAUGAGACUAUUGAGUGUAGUUGUGUAAAUGAUGCUCAGAUGUCAUAUAUGUUACCUUUCCACACUCAGGAUGGAAAGAAUGUUUAUUUGUUUAGAUUAGGAACGUCAUUCCAUUAUCAUGACCUGAGGUUGAGGCAUGAGUAACCGAGGCUGGUGCAUUCCUUGUUUUAAGUCUUAACAACAUAAAAUCUCUCUUAAGUGCUUUUUAAAGUUGCAGUCAAAUGGUAGAAGAAGAAAUUUCCCCCAUUUUCUUUCUUUGUUUUAAUAAAAGUUUUACUCAGGAGGUCCAAAUGGAUAAGGAUGAAACAAUGGAAAAAGAAUGAUACUCUGUGACUGACAGUUUGUUAUGUAAGGUUAUUCUGAAACACUAGCCCAUUGAAAACAUAGAAGUGACAAUUUUUUUGCCCAACACUUCUGUUGUGCUUUUUAAAAUAUCCGUCCCAAAUAUAUGUUAUUCCCCUUAUAAAUCUAUGUGGUGUUUUGGAAUUAUUUGAUAAAAUAUGUUGUUUUCUAGGCAUACUGCUGACCAGCAAAUUGAUAUGAGAAUAGGACUCUGCUGUCUGUGAUACAUAAACUAAUAUAUGGUCAUCCUAAUACAUGUAGUUGUAAGUUACAUGGAUAAAGAGAUGAAAGGGGAGAAACAACUUUGCUGUGUAAAUUUAAACAAAAAAUAACAUACUUUAAAAGGUUCCUUGAUAAGCCAGCACAGCACUUUUGACUCUGUUAAAAUAACAGGAUCUCAAGUGUUCAUCUUUAGGUAUAAUUAUAUGGUAUAUUAAGAGAGACAAAAGAGUUUCAUAAAAAAAUAAAAUAAAAUAAAAACAGAUGGUUUUUUGUCUCAAUGCUGCCAUCACCCUCUGCCAUGUGUGUUAAACCAGACACCUGGAAUAGAGUGUGUUAAGACCUCAUUUCUUUCCCUUCGGUUCCAUUGAGGGAAUGGUCACCUGAGGCAUCAAUGGGCUGUCUUGUCAGUCAUAACAUGCCCUAGGGUUCCUUAGGGCAAGAUCUAUGUAGCUUAGAUAAGGAGUGAGGGUUGUUCAAGUCUUACUAUAGCCAUUGGUUAAAUGAUGAGAAAGUGGUGUCAAAUAUGUAGUAACAAUAUUGCACUUCUUUUCUAAAAUCUGAAAUGAUUUUGUACAGUGAAAAGUAGAAAUAAUAAUAAUAUAGAUGGUGAAGACUCACUGAACAAGAAGCAUCAAAGAAUGAGUGAUGGUGAAAAUGUUCCUUCACUUGUCUUCAUUAAUGUUCUGAAACUGACAUAACUUUCAGAUAUUAAUAGGCUUUGUAUGUAAAUGGAAUUUUGCAAUAAAACUAAUACGAAA